AUGGAUAUGGGGAACCAGCACCCUGCCAUCAGCCGGCUUCAGGAAAUCCAGAAAGAGGUGAAGGCCCUAGAGCCGCAGGUGACCUGCUUCAGCGGCCUCCCGGAUGACAAGGGCUACAAGAGGCUGGAGCGCAUCCUCACCAAGCAGCUCUUUGAGAUUGACUCCGUGGACACUGAGGGGAGGGGCGAUGUCCAGCAGGCCAGGAAGCGGGCGGCCCAAGAGACCGAGCGUCUCCUCAAGGAGCUGGAGCAGAACGCACACCACCCGCGCCGCCUAGAGAUCCAGGCCAUCUUCAAGGAGGCGCAGACCCUGGUGGAGGCCAACCUCGUGCCUUUCCACAGCGGCGGCAGCGCCGUCACCCAGGAGUUCGAGGAAGCCAUCCAGGAUAUCAUCCUGCGGCUGACCCACGUCAAGACCGGCGGGAAGGUGUCCCUGCGCAAAGCCCGCUACCACACCUUGACCAGGAUCUGUGCGGUCCAGGAGGUCAUUGAAGACUGCAUGAAGCAGCAGCCGUCCCUGCCGCUGUCUGAGGACACGCAUCCCUCUGUGGCCAAGAUCAACGCCGUGAUGUGCGAGGUGAACAAGGCCAGGGGCACCCUCAUCGCUCUCCUCAUGGGCGUGAGCUGCAGUGAGACCUGCCGGCACCUGUCCUGCGUGCUCUCAGGCAUGCUGGCCGACCUAGACGCCCUGGACGUGUGUGGUCGCACGGAGAUCCGCAACUACCGCCGGGAGGUGGUGGAGGACAUCAACAAGCUCCUCAAGUACCUGGACCUGGAGGAGGAGGCGGACACCACGCACGCCUUCGACCUGGGUCAGAACCACUCCAUCCUGCAGAUCGAGAAGGUCCUCAGGCGAAUGAAAGUGGUCAAGACUGAGCUCCUGCAGGCGCCCAACCCCCCGGAGCUCUACCUGAGCUGCAAGACAGAGCUGCAGGGCCUGAUUGGGCAGCUGGACGAGGUGAGCGUGGAGAAGAACCCCUGCAUCCGGGAGGCCCGGCGCAGGGCCGUCAUCGAGGUGCAGACGCUCAUGACCUUCAUCGACCUGAAGGAGGCCCUGGAGAAGCGGAAGCAGCUGGCCUGCAAGGAGCACCCGUCCCACCGGGCCGUGUGGCGGGUGCUGGGCCACCUGGCCGAGAUCCAGGGCGAGGUGCUGUCCUUCGACGGCAAGCGCUCAGAUAAGAACUACAUCCGCCUGGAGGAGCUGCUCACCAAGCAGCUGCUGGCCCUGGACGCGGUGGACGCGCAGGGCGAGGAACGCUGCAAGGCCGCCCGCAAGCAGGCCGUGAAGCUGGCCCAGAACAUCCUCAGCUACCUGGACCUCAAGUCGGACGAGUGGGAGUACUAA